CUUGUCCGGCAGAAUUCGGGUUAUUCAUGCCGAAUCGUGUACCAUCGUAUCAUACUCCCUCCGACUUGCCCUUCGUUCUUUGUCAACCGUUAGAUACAUCGCGGUGUUGGUGCUUGAGAACCAGUAUCGCGGAAUAAUGGACGUGCCUCUGGUUGCUCUGAUCACGGCCGGUACCGCCGGCCUCGGAGCGGCGACGGCCCGCCUCUUCGCCAGAACCGGCAUGCGUGUUGUUGUCAACUACAACAACGACCGCUCUCGAGCAGCAGCGCUUGUCGCCGAACUUGAGAGCCUCUCACCACUCCAGAGACCCGCUGACGGCAGCAGCAGGGCUGAUUUUGUCGCUAUCCAAGCCGACCUUUCGCGGCGGGAUGACAUCGGCAGACUUGUCACUGAGGCGGCCUCGGCUAUGGGGGAUAGGCUUGACGUCGUCUUCUCCAACGGCGGCUGGACUCAGGUUCGCGACAUCACGAAUCUCGAUGAUAACGUCGAUGAGGCCGAUUGGGAUCGCACUUACACUAUGAAUGUGAAGUCGCAUCUAUGGCUGAUGCACGCCGCCAAGAUCUUCCUGGACGCAAGCGAGGGCGUCUUCGUCACGACGGCCUCUCUAGCUGGCGUAAAAGUCAGCGGCAGUUCUCUUGCUUAUGCAGUUUCAAAGGCGGCCCAAAUACACCUCGUCAAGGGACUGGCACUCAUUGCUGCGCCCAAGAUAAGGGUCAGCAGCGUGUCCCCUGGACUGAUGCUCACGGACUGGGGUCUGAAAUUUCCUCUCGAAUUGCAAGAAGAAAUUAGGGAACGCACAAAACUCAAACGCCUUGCGACUGUUGAGGACGUGGCAGAGCAGGUGCUCUGUUUUGUCAGAUGCAAGAGCGUGACGGGGGCAAAUGCGGUGAUUGACGGUGGAAUGGCUCUUUGAGCUAGGUAGCUUUUCGGGAUCUAUUGGGCCUCCCUAGUGAGAUCAAGCCGCCUGACUGGAUUCAUACCCGAGACCUAAGAACUGGAAGGCAUAGCCCUUCAACAAUUCCCUGCAAAAGAAAA